UUAGGGGUUGAUUUUAAAGUGAAGAAAAUGGUGGUAGAUGGCCAUGCAGUACAGCUUGCAAUAUGGGACACAGCAGGACAGGAGCGCUUUAGAACACUGACUCCCAGUUAUUACCGAGGAGCUCAAGGGGUUGUUUUAGUGUAUGAUGUUACAAGAAAAGACACUUUCGCAGGACUAGAGAGCUGGCUGAAUGAGCUGGAAAUGUAUACCACCAAAAGCAACACUGUGAAGAUGUUAGUUGGCAAUAAAACUGAUAAGCCUGAUCGUGAAGUAGAGAGAAGAGAAGGACUCCAGUUUGCUAGGAAGCGCUCAUUGCUUUUUAUAGAGACCAGUGCCAAGACACAGGAUGGAGUGCAACGUGCCUUUGAGGAACUAGUCAUAAAGAUACUGCAGACAUCAGGUCUUUGGGAUAAAAGCGCAGAGAAGCAGGGAGUCCAGCUAAUGGAAUCUUCAGCACAGCAGGAUAAAAGCUUAUGUGGUGCAUACUGUCCACUUUCUUAA